CUUUGGAAGCUUCCACGGAGCUCCACCAAACGCCAAACGGCAGCUUCUAACCUCCCACUGCGCGCGAGCAGUUGAUUCCUGACACCCGCAACUUUUGUACGAACUCGUGCCAGCGAACGAAACGUCAACUGACGCCCGACAAACAUCUACACCCCUCCUCGAAGCAUUUUCGAGCCCCAUCGCCUGUGCAGGCGCAAGUGUUUCCAGUCCAUCCUCGACCAAGCUCUGCUGAGCACCAACCUGCACCGACACCCAACACGAUGCUAUAAGCGGGCGCCAUGUGGCCAUCGACACCCUCGGUCGACACGUUGACGCGGCCGCGAGUGGCCGUGGCCCUCGUCUCCGCCAUCGCCGCCCUCUCUGUCGGCUACUACACCUACCAGUCCCGCCACCCGCCCGCCCCUCUGGAGCUCCCUCCCGGGGGUGAGCUGCACAGGAGCAACGCCGUGCGCCGCACGGGUCGGCCGUCACGGAGAUCUGGCACGGCAUCGAGCUCUUCAUCUGAAGCGGCGGGCGAUGAGAAUGUCGAUGCAAACGCUCUCCCCGCGCCGCUGCCUGCGCCUGGCGGCGACGCAGAUACCGUCGUGGAAGUCGCCGACGACAUGUGGAACGACGCGUCCGGCUACCUUCCACCUCAACGGGCGGGUCACAACAUCGUGAACCUCCUCUUCAGGGUGUCCGAGGACAACGCGAGGCGCAACGGCUGCGUGCAUCGGGGCUGCCAGUGUAAUGCAUGUGGCAUGGUCCCCAUCCGCGGCGUGCGGUAUCGCUGCGCCAACUGCGCCGACUUCGACCUGUGCGAGACGUGCGAGGCGCAGGGCGUUCACACCAAAACGCACAUAUUUUACAAGAUCCGGGUCCCCGCGCCGCCGUUUGGCCCUCGCCAGAUGCAGCCCGUCUGGUACACGGGCGAUCCAGACACGUGCCGCCGCAACCUGCCGAGGCAGCUGAUCGCACGGCUUUCCAAGGAGACCGGCUUCGAGCGGCCAGAGUUGGAGGCGUUUUGGGAGCAGUGGACGUUCAUGGCCAACACGGAGCUGCGGGAUGACCCGGACGAGCUCAACAUCGCCAUGGACCGCAAGACGUUUGAACGCUGCCUGGUGCCCACCGGUGGCUCGCGUCAUGCCGCGCCAAAUCUCAUCCACGACCGCAUGUUCUCCUUUUAUGACUCAAACAACGACGAUCUUAUCGGCUUCUCCGAAUUUCUACACGGCCUGUCCUAUCGCAAGCGCAAGGACAAGCUGCUCAAGGUAUUCGAGGGCUACGACCUGGACGGCGACGGGUACGUAAACAGGCGCGACUUUCUUCGCAUGUUCCGAGCCUAUUAUGUCCUUUAUAAGCAAAUGCACAAGGACAUACUCGACGGGCUCGAGGAUCAGCUCCUCGCGAGUACAGAAGCCCAGCAGCUUGUGACCAGUCGCCAGCCCCUGAGCAGCCUCUUCGGCCGCGAGGGCAGGGUACCCGCAGCCGACGGCAGCAUGCGGUUCGAAGGCAAGACGUACCACCGCGACGGCAGCGUCGAGAUCGACGACCGGUAUCACGGCGCCAUUGCUGAAGAUCGCGGAGAUACGGCGAACCGGGAGGACAUCCUUACGAGCCUGUUUGCCUACGACACUGAGCCGCGACCGCGCCGCCGCUUCAUCACCCGCAGGGACACAGAUACUAACUGGCGCACUGUCCGGCGACUAAGCGGCACGGAGCCAGACCGAGCAUACUGGGUGACGCUCCUGGACCCGCCCGUGAACCUAGAAGAUCUCCCGAAUGUGAUCGCGGGUAGUGACCUCCAGUCGGCUUCCGACGGUGAGGGCGACGACCAAGGAGACGGCGAUGACGAAGAACGUGAUGAGGGCGAAGGGCGUGACUCAGAGUCAGCCUCGGGCGCGCCCAUCACGGACAGCCAACGCCGCGCCAGAUCUCUUGCGGACGCGCGACGCAAGGCGCCGAAGCUGGAGAAGCGCCGCAGAGACAUGGCGCGCAAGCAGUUGCACGAGAGAUGGAAGCGUCGGCAGUUUUAUCUCGACGAGGAAGAAGGUGGCCAAGCGCCGGAUGACUGGGCAAAUGACGAAGACCUCCUGGCCACCCUCAACAAGGCGGCCGAUGAGGCCAAGUCCAAAGACGAGCCGGCCAUCUCGACACGCUCACGAUCGAGCUCCAAGGUCCGUUUCGCCGAAGACAUGGAGGAUUACGAGACUCGGUCGAACCCAUCGACUUCGUCGCGGAGCAUCCCGGAGCGCUGGGGAGGCAUGGACAUCCCCGAUGCAGAAAAGGACGCUGGUAAGGAAAUCCUGUAUCAGGUCACACAGCAGGCCUUCAACGAGCUCCUGGAUACCAUCUUCAAGCCGGCAGAAGACCUGGCGAUCGAGGCCGCCGAGACCAAGAAGCGUCGAGAGCAGCACAAGGACAAGAUUGACGCCAUUGACGACGGACCCGACAAGAAUGACGAGCCCAGGCGAGACUCUGUGCCGUACCUGGGGCGCGCCACGGAAAAGGCCGUGGCGAACAAAAGCCUCGAGGAACUGCUCUCGGAGACGGGCUAUACCGUUGUGAACGACGAACCUCGCCAUGCGGUGGAUCUGCGCAAUCCGGUAGAUCUAGACUUCUCGCUCAACUUGUCUGACUACACGAUACCGUCAGAGUCUUCGGUGGCUGGGGACACGGAGCCAGAGGAGUACCGUGACCCCACGAUGCCGCAGUUCCGGCCCAACAGCGACGCGACGACGCCGGCAGGCUCGAGGGAAUCAAAGGCGACAGUUCUCGCCGACGAGAACGGGCUGGCAGACGACGAGUCAGAUCACGAGUCGUACACGUCCAUGGAGAGCGGCAUCGGCCCGGACAAGCUCCGGCGGUGGAAGAUGAUCAACGAGGCCGAGGCCAAGGCGGCACAGCGGGGCGGCUGGGGUCGACUUAGCUUCCAGGAGUUUGAGGAGAUUUACAAAAACCAGGAAGACCUAGGCAACAGGCUGGAUUACCUCGGUAGCUGGAUCGAUUUCUGCAUCCCCUAGAAAAGAUGGUGGGAUUGUCCUUUCUGGCCCAUGCAGUCCACGGAACCCCUGGGGUCCCAGGUUGCGAGACGGGACUCGCAAGAUCAAGUAUAGACGUGAUGAAGUGUACAUGUACUCAAUAGCCACAUCGGGCAUGAACAGGAUGGUAGCGUAGAUGCAUAAUAUCAGGUGCCGACAGCGGCACUACAGCGGUC